UUGCUUUGAAGUUUGAAGAGGAUGGCUCCGUCAGGGCGGCUGAAUCCCGCGGCCAAAGAGUUUGUUCCGCAAGUAGCUUCACAUGCCUCGGCCACCGGAAAUAGCGAGGCGGGCUCAGUCUCCAGGCCUAACGGCACGCCGGGAAAGCGCCGCUCAACGAGUCGGAGGAGCCACGUCUUUUUGACCAACCACGCGGCCCUGGACCAGCUGCUUGUUAGCCCAGACGCUAGCUGCAUCAGCGCUGUCACUUUCGGCGCGGGCUUCCACGUCCGCGAUGAGCACCUGCGCAGGCUUGCCGAUGCGCUGGGGUCGCAACUCCGAAGCCUGAGACUCGGCGAUACAGACACUGGCGACGGCGUGUUCGUUACCGACGAGGCGGUCAAGCAUGUGGCUUCUAAAUGUCCCGGCCUGGAGGAGCUGGCGCUGGAGGGGUGCGUGGGCGUGUCGGACGCGGGCUUCACAGCGGUGCUGAGCUCGCUAUCCGGCCUUCGCGAGCUGCACCUGACCGGCCACGACCGCAGCUCGGGCAUGCUGACCUGCAAGGGUCUGUCGCCGCUCAUCAAUGGCGGCGCGCUGCCUAACCUGCGCCAGCUGUACAUCACCGACCAGAUGGCGGUCAAAUUCGAGACCGUGCAGCGCCUCAUCCGGCGCCGCAAGGACGUGCAGGUGCUGGCGGGCGAGACGGACGGUGACUCGGCGGCUUGGGGCGCGGUGCUGCAGCAAAUGGGCCGCAGCUACGGCGACGGCCUGUACGGCAACAUGUGCUGCGGCGGCCGCAUGCGCUAGGUGCCGGGGCGGUGGGGCGAGCAAGGCUGUGCAGCGGCGGCAGCGCGGUAUGCUGCCCGGACAGCCGCUGGAGUGGCCUGCGGGCUCGCGGGGCAGCACUGGGUCACUGGCGCACGCUAGAGGUGGAGCGGUGCGCAUGAAACCUUUGUGUGUUGCCAGGCGAAUGGCAUGUGCGUAAGGCGGGCGCCUCUGAUUGGAGCACAGCACAGGACAGCACCAGCGGGGCGGGGUCAGCGGCCGCGACUGGGGUGCACGGUGCAUAGGUACAGCGGCGCGCUGCGGCGCGCUAUGGCGUUCAAGGGAUGCGCCUUAACGAAAUACAAGCAACGAGAAGAGGGCGGGGCGCACAAGCACCGGCUGCCAUGCUGUUGGCCUUCUUACCCUGCUGAAGCGGCCUGCACGGGCGUUCACGCAACGGGCGGCUAUGCCGACGCAGAGGUCGGGCUGCGUGUCGUUGCGCAUGUGGGUUACUUCGGGAAGUCCUGUGUGUGUGUGUGUGUUUAUGUCAUGACUUUUACCUGGUAAUAAUCUUCCAUGAUGAGUGCUCUGAGUCAUACUGUGUUUCCUGGCGUGCAGUUGUCACGUGUCAUGUGUUCUGUGACGAGGUUUCGUCGGUGCGUUGGGUUUGUGGGUAUCGAUGGUUUGUGCUGUGUGCCCCCAUUGGGUUUGUAAACGGAUUUGCGUGUGCAAUUAGGAGAAUCACCGCUGGAACACUUAGUAGUUGCAUAACCAAACAUGUGUUUAGAGUGGGCGCGUCUAUUUGACAUUCGGAAAGAUGGAUUUCAAGUUUCGGUUGCAUGGGAGGCCAUACCAUCGUAAGGGUUAUACUGACUGUACGGAUAUUAGCGAAGGUGUACCAUCAAACAGAGCCGUCACGGCAUAGCACGCGCUUCAGGCAAGGCGGACAAGCCACCUGCUGGAGGUUGAUGUCGGUAUGCCGGUCGGUCGGGAUACGGUUAUGGCAUGCGUGGAUUGUAGGAGCGUGACUCAUGUAUAGGAGCGUGUGUAUCAUUAGUGUCGGAGUGAAGGACGUGGUAUGGGACAAGAGGCGGAGAAUGGGAGAAGGAUGGAUACUCACACCGAUGGAGCCAGGGCCGCAUGGACGAUAGAUGGGCCAGUACGGAUAGCAGCCUAGUGCUGAUCGUAGUGGUGAUAGUGGGUGCAUUUCACGUGAUAAAUGGACGCGAGAGCGCAUGACAAGCCAGGACCCAGUGUGGGCAGUGCACGUAUACAAUGCUGGGCAUGUUGCUGCCCGGCGCUUAGGGAGACUCUGGGGGAUCAAUACCUUCGCUUUGUAAGGGGGUAGCAUG